GCAUGAAAUCAUUAUUGUCUUCAUUUGUCAAGUGAAAGAUAACCUAUUAUUCAGCGAAUUUUGCGUUUCUUCUAACUUUUAAAUAAUUAGGGACAGGUGACGAUGGUAGUAUUUUAAAACUGUAGUUUUAUAUACAACGUCUUGUACUAACGCCACUUGAGAUGGGUGCUUUAGUGUCAAAAGCGUUAAGACCAAUUAAAUCAUUCAACAUAGAGAACCGUGCCCAUCGGGUCAUUUCCAAAGAAAAACCAGUGCCUGCGCCACUGUACCCUGAUAGCCUUGAAGACUUAAAAAGAGCUAUAGAGUCGGACCCUGAUUUGGACACCAAACUCGACAAGAAGGAUCCAGAUUUAGAUAUUAGGCUGCGUGAUGUUUAUGUAACCUCUCACGGGCAGCCCGAGGAUGAUAUUACGCGGGAAAAACAAACUCAAAACCCGGACAGGCCCCUGCCGCAAGACCGGAGAAUGCCUCAAGUUUAUGAGUAUGGUUUUAAAGAGCCAGAAAGAGUAAAAUAUGGACAUGUUACCUUAAAAGAUACCCUAAAUUUUAUAUCUGCUCAUCAAAGUAAUCCGGAAGAAGUGACAGUGGCUAAAAUUUCUCUAGAAUAUAAAUUAAAGGAAGAAGAUGUUGAAAGCAUAUUAAAAUAUUUUAAAUCUUAUGAGGUUUACAUACCGCAGACAAAGAAAACCCCUGCUGUUUUUGCUGGACCAAGCACUACACAUAGACAACUGCAAGAAAGUAACAAAUUAAAUGCAAUAGAGAGUAAAGAAAGCAGUGCAAAUGAAUUAGAUAAAGAAAAAGCUGCAAAGUCCGCCACUUGAAAUUGUAGUGUAAUUGAAAUUGUAAAAAUUUAUACAUAGUUUGUGAACAAAUGUUAGUGAAAGUUUUUAGGUAGUCAAUUCAAAUAAAUUCAAAAUAACUUACCUAUAUUUGUCAAAAAUCAUUUUAUGGUUUUAAAAAUUUUGGUGGAAUUUGUCAUGUGUGGGUCAAUAUUUAAUUUGGUUAGAAAUAUAAUUGUAUUAUGAACAUUAUUUUAAUUAUACAUUAUCAGUAAUUUAUAGAUAUAGAUACUGUUAUAAAUUAGGCUUUUAUAAAAUACGUUCAUUAACGGCAUCACCUCAUGCAUGUGACUUCAUACUUUUAGAAAGUAUGUGAAAUUUAACUUUCUGUAACUAGUAGUUUCAGAGUCUUCUAAUAUUAAUGGUGAAAAUAUAUCUUGUUUUGUAUACGCUAUUUAAAACUGCAGUUAAUUAAAAUGUACAAAAGCCACAGCUAAAUUCUACAGAGAUUUUAUUUUUAUUUGACAACCAGAAGACUUUAAAAUCAAUAGUGAUGUACACACAUAUAUAUGUAUAAGGUAAUGUUUAAUUAACAUUAUUUUCAUCGAACAAAGAAUGGUCACAGUCGGUAUUUAGUUGUAGCAAUAAAAUAUGUAUUGUUUUUGUUGAA